AUGAAUUCAAAUAAAAAAGGACCAGUUUUCGAAGGAGGAACGUGCAGAUGUUGCGGUAUAACUAAAAAGUGUCGGCUACUAAACGCUGAGUACGAGUUUUGCGGUCAAAAAGAAGUAUAUUUUGAAAUGUUUGUUGAUUGCUUUGGUUUAGUGCUGUCACAUUUGGAGGGUGAAGAAAUGGAUAGACUUAUAUGCGCCACAUGUGUAAUGAGGCUUCGUGACGCUUCUGCGUUUAGACAACAGGUACUGCAAUGUGAAGAGAAAUUACUGAAAAUUCAGAUGCAAGUUGAUGAUGACAGUAAUAAGCAAACGAAAGAUUCAGAGUUUGAUAUGAAAGUGGAAAUUGAAGAAUGCAAUUCUCCAGUGGGAUUGGACAACGACUACGAGCAAGCUGAUAAUGCAAAGACUUACAAGGUUGUUGAAACUAUAGCAAAUGGUGAGAAGGUACUGACCAGUGUACCAGGCUCCUGGGAGAGAGAUGGUAAACUGAAAUGGCCCAGAAAGAAUAAAGCCGAGAAAUUUAGAAACCACGAUAAACCAGAUGAUGAUUGGGACACCACAAAUUGUAUAGUAAAGAGGAGAAGAUUGGCAACUUACAAGGAUGCUGAAAAUGUCAUAAAAAGUAUAUGUGAAAGUGGGGAAUCAUUAAGCAGUGUUGUAAUGACACAGGUCGAGUCAAACAAAAAGCAUCUUCACGGUAAUUCGCAAAAAAUAGAUCCACAAAAAGUAACAGCAACUCACACAAUAACUUCUAAGAAAACAACAUCGUCAGCAUUAAAAGGGGCUAUUUCAAAAACUCCCAAUAGAACUACACCAUUAAAUGCUACCAAUACCCAAAUGCCAGUGAUUGCUAAUGUUAUGGACGCAAAUAGUAUCACAAACGCAGAAGCUCUAAAUGAGAGAACUUAUAAUUCUACAGAACAAAUAAAUAAUACAUGUAUAAAGCAACUUUUAAGCAAAAUCUUACGAUUAGAAAUCCAAUUGAAAGAUGUCUCAACUAAAAUAAGAUCUGUACUCGAUAAUCAGAUUAACCUUAUAUAUAAUCAGGAUAAUGUGUCAUUACAAGUCGAACAACUGAGCGAUACAUUUAAAGAAUUUUUCACCCGCGCUUCUACUGAAGGCAAUGUUGACGAUCAAGUUGACUUCUUGCCAGUAGAGAGUGAAGAAGAUUUAGAAAAACUGGAGAACAAACUAAAGGAGCCUGAAUUCAAAAUGGAGUUGAUGAAAAAAUUCUCUAUUACUUUCGGAAAAGAAAACGGGAACGGUGCAAAUGUUGCCUACCGACUUAUUGAUAUGUUUUUUGAUAGACAUUUCCUAACGUUGUGCUCGUGGUCUGGUGGAUCACGGCAUUAUGACAGAAAAAUAUGUUUUAGAGCUCAUAGCCAAGUGAUACAGUUCUUUUUCAAAAUAGUACAUGCAUCAGAUGAAGAGUACACGUUAGACGCAUGUGAAAACUUUUUAAAGGGUAUUUUGAGGACAUCAGUCAAAAGAUCCAUGAACAGAAACAUGCGGAAGUCAACGUGUAAAAAAAGACUAAAACGUGGAAAAAGGAAACUCAUAGACAGAGCAAACAUCAACGAAAGAGCAAUAGAGAAAGUUGUAGAUGAACAUAAUGAUAUCAUAGAUAGAGCGAUAGAGAAAGUUGAAGAUGAACGUAAUGAUAUCAUAGAUAGAGGCAUAGAGGAAGUCUUAGAUGAACACAAUGAUCUAUAA